UUUAUUCAUUUAUCAGAAAGUGAUUUCUAUUAAUAUAAACUAUCAAUGAUGAAUAUUUCAUCCAUAAAUAAUUUUAAUUACGAUUUGAAGAAAGUAAUUAACGAAAAAUGGGAAGAAAAAAAAAUUUUUUAUAGUUUUGAAUUAAUAGAGUGUCAAGAUAAAAUUGUUCAUCAAACCUUUUUUACGGAUUUACAAGAAUACUCUCCACUAUUUUACGCGUUAACUUGGCGUAAAAACUUAAAUAUCAACAAUUUUAAUGACAAUUUAUUACAAAUGCCCAAAAAUACUCUAUUACACGUGACAGCAAGAGGAAAAACUAAAAGUGACGUUAAAAAAGUUUUAAAUAAAGCUUUAGAGCUUGGAAUUUGCAAUAUCUUCGCUCUUCGUGGAGACAAUGAGUGUACAACUGGAGAUUUUUUGUACGCAGUAGACCUUGUAAAGUUUAUAAAAAAAAAUUACAAUGACAAAUUUAGUAUAGCAGUGGCUGGUUAUCCCGACAGACACCCAGAGUCCGUGUCUAAAGAGUCGGAAUUUUUUUAUCUAAAAGAAAAAGUUGACGCAGGAGCUGAUUUUAUUAUCACUCAGAUAAUAUUUGAUUCAAAAGCGUUUAUUAAUUUCAUAAAAGACUGCAGAGAAAAUGGUAUUGCUGUUCCAAUACUUGCCGGAGUGAUGCCUAUAAUUAAUUAUUCUUCUUUAAUGAAGACUAUAAAUGUUUGUGGGCUCAAAAUUCCUGAAAUUGUCCAUAAAAAGUUGGAAAAAAUUAAGCAAGAUGAUCUAAGUGUCCACCAAUAUGGCGUUAAAUUAAUAAUUGAAAUAAUUACCGACAUUAUUGAUCACGGAUUUUAUGGAUUUCAUUUUUUUACAUUCAACAACUCUAAAACAGUUUUGGAAAUUUUAAAUUAUUAUUUAAACAAACAAAGUUAAAAUUUCCCGCGUUAGCAACUGAAAACUUCAGAAUUGGUCGAUUGUCCAUCAAGACCCGCUCAUGCGCGGAAUUUUUUCAGCCCCCACGCAUGCGUGCUUAAAAGAAAGCGUGUGUGUGGAACACCGUGAGUGUGGCAGCGUAUGUGCUUUUGGUAGUCGAGUUGGGCGCCAGAUCUUUGCGCGGUUGGUUCGGUCGAUUAUACAGAAUAAGACUUGCUAAGGGAUAAAACCUUCUAUCUAUCACAAGUACCCACGUUUCUUGCAUAAGGAUAAUAAGGACAAUGGCUCUAUUCCGUUGUACCGCAGCACGAUGCUUAGAAUUCCAA